UAAAGACUCACAGACACCUUUCUUCCCUGCUAAAGAGAGAGAGAUCGAGACCAAUUGAUUAACAAAGAAGAAGACUGAGAUGAUGAUGAAGACCUUACCAUGGCCGCCAUCUUCUUCAAGCUUCCUCCUCCUUCCUCCAUCACCAACUUCUGCCUUUCUGUUCUUUCUCCUCUGCCUCAUCCUUCACCUUGCUAUCAAGUCCCUUCAUUUCCUUUGGGUCAAGCCGAGGAAAACAGAGAGCUUUUUCUGGAGCCAAGGCCUUCGUGGCCCUCCUUACCGUUUUAUCUUCGGCAACCUCGGCGAGAUGGUUUCCAUGAUGCUGGAAGCCUCGUCCAAACCCAUGAGACCACCUUACUCUCACAACAUCCUUCCUCGCGCUCUCUCCUUCUACCACCACUGGAAGAAAGCUUAUGGAUCGACCUUUCUCUUAUGGUUCGGCCCAACGCCGCGGCUCACCGUUGCCGACCCCGACCUCAUCAGAGAGAUCUUUGUCUCCCGGGCGGCGGAUUUUGACCGUUAUGAAGCUCAUCCUCUCAUCAGACAGCUUGAAGGAGAUGGACUUGUUAAUCUCCGCGGCGCCAAAUGGGCUCUCCACCGAAAGCUCAUCUCUCCAGUCUUCCAUAUGGACAACUUAAAACUAUUAAUGCCGGCUAUAGGGGAGAAGAUGGCUUCCAUUCUGGAUAAGCUUUCUGAAGCGGCGAGAUCUUCGGGAGAGGUGGAGUUAGAUGUGGCAGAUUGGUAUCAGAGCCUUACGGAAGAAGCCAUUACUCGAGCGACAUUUGGUCGUAGUUAUGAUCAAGGAAAAGCUGUGCUCAAGUUGCAGACGAAGCUUAUGGUAUUUGCCGCCGAAGCCUUCAAUAGAGUCUUCAUCCCUGGUUACAGAUUUUUACCGACUGAGAAGAACAGGAAAAGAUGGAAGCUGGAUAAGGAUAUUAGAGAUAAUUUACUGAGUUUGGUUGGUUGUCGGAGAGAGCAGAAGGAGGAGGAGGAGGAGGCGGCCGCCGCCGAAGAGGCGAAGGAUUUGCUUGGUCAAAUGACUGCGGCGGCGGCGGGCAUCACGGUCAACGAUGUAGUGGAGGAGUGUAAGACUUUUUUCUUCGCGGGUAAGCAGACCACGACUAAUCUGCUGACAUGGACCACCGUCCUUCUAGCCAUGCAUCCGGAAUGGCAGGACCUGGCACGUGAGGAGCUCUUCCGCGUCUGCGGCUCACGUGAUCUGCCCUCCAAAGACGACCUUCCCAAACUAAAGACGCUGGGAAUGAUUGUGAACGAGACGCUGCGGCUGUACCCGCCGGCGGUGGCGACGAUCCGACGGGCGAAGGCUGACGUGAAGUUGGGAGGGUACGUUGUCCCGCGAGGCACUGAGAUAUUGGUCCCCAUCAUCGCCGUCCACCACGAUGCGGGGCUUUGGGGCCCUGAUGCGGCGCGGUUUAACCCGAACCGGUUCGGCGACGGAGUGAGCCGGGCGGCCCGACACCCAAAUGCCUUCAUGCCAUUUGGUCUGGGUCAGCGCAUGUGCGUCGGCCGGGGCCUCGCCGUCCUGGAGGCCAAGCUGGCGCUCGCCGCCGUGCUACGUCGCUUUGAGAUUCGUCUAUCGCCUAAUUACGUGCAUGCACCAACGGUUCUGAUGAUGCUGUAUCCACAAUAUGGUGCUCCGGUGAUCUUCCGUCCGAUUUGUGUUGAUCGGUGAUGGUCAAAUUGACGAAAAUGACACUAACAGUUGGACAAAAUGACUUAGGAAGUUUUUUUUUUUUAGUUUUUUUUCAAUUGUUUUGUUAUAAGAUUUUUUUUUUGGUUUAAAUUAAUGCAAAUGAAAAAGAAGACAA